AUGUGCGAAAGGGGAAAGAAUCCAACGAACGGCGUGGUAUGGUACAUCCUCGGGUUUUCUGCUAACCCUAGCCAACCUAUAUCCGUUCCUUUGGCUGAGAAAGAGGCAUAUUCCUCUUUCUAUACCCACAAGAUGUCGCAACUGUGGCCAUUCUUGUCCACCUCCACAUUCGGCCGCCUCUAUGGCUCCAGCACGCACAAGCUCCCAGCACACCUUCCCAUCUUCCGCCUUCCACUCACUCUGCGUAAGUCCCUCGCAGGGUUCAUGGCCGCCUCUAUCACAGGCGUCCUGAUCGCUGUGGGUUUCUGGAGCCUCGUUGCACCGUUCCGGAAUGAAGGGCAGGACGAGACCUGGGCAAUCGAAGGUAGUGACCGCGCGUGGGACAAUACCUGGAUGGUGGUGGGAGCAUGA